GAAGUGAGUGAAGUGAGUCGGGAGUUGACACGAAAUCUAAGAAUUGACUUCGACUUGAUCCCUGCUCUACUUUAGAGGAUGUAAAGCUCCAGCUUGCGGAAAAUGGCGUUUUCCUCGCGUUUUUCUGAACAGCUGGUGGGACUUUAAAGGGUAUUCCAGGAGGUACACAGGGUCUGCACAGCCCCACCGUCGGCACGGCAACUUGGGACGGACACAAGCAGGGUCCGCCUGCUAGCCGCUACACCAGCUAACUCCAGAUCUGGUCACAUUUCCUCCUGAUGCUGAGAGAUUUGAAAUCACAAGUCUGCAAGUACAGCUGAGUAGUUGUUUUUUUUUCAUCGAUCCUGUGAAGAUUGUCUCCGCCCCGGCUUCCUGACAAUGGUGUGAAAAGGUGUCAGCAGCGAAUAUAUUCUCUGGAAGCGCAGCAGAAACAUAGGUCAAGAUGUCCAUCACCAACACGCCGACCAGCAACGAUGCCUGCCUGAGCAUUGUGCACAGCCUGAUGUGCCACAGGCAGGGUGGCGAGAGCGAGACGUUUGCCAAGCGGGCCAUCGAGAGCCUGGUUAAAAAGCUGAAAGAGAAAAAAGACGAGCUCGACUCCCUCAUCACAGCUAUCACCACCAACGGGGCCCAUCCCAGCAAGUGUGUGACCAUUCAGAGGACGCUUGAUGGUCGGUUGCAGGUGGCUGGACGUAAAGGGUUCCCUCAUGUAAUCUACGCCCGUCUGUGGCGGUGGCCUGACCUGCAUAAAAAUGAACUGAAGCAUGUGAAAUACUGCCAGUUUGCCUUUGACCUCAAGUGUGACAGCGUGUGUGUCAACCCCUAUCACUAUGAGAGAGUGGUGUCUCCUGGCAUAGACUUAUCAGGACUGACCCUGACCAGUUCUGGACCCAGCUCAGCACUGAUGGUUAAGGAUGAGUAUGAUUUUGACGGACAGCCGAGCCUGCCCACCAUUGAGGGAGGCCACACCCUCCAGACCAUCCAGCACCCCCCAUCCAGCAGCCGCCCGACCCCGUCUGAAUCAUUUGCAGCUCCAAACCUGCUCCCGCCCACUGAGGCCUCCACCUCUGCCUCGACGUCGUCCUUCCCUGCUAUUGCUGCUGGAUCAGGCAGUGCCAGCUCCACCUGGUCCAGAAACAGCAGCUUCACCCCCAACAUACCCCACCACACCAACGGUCACCUACAGCACCACCCUCCUAUGCCACAUCCAACACACUACUGGCCUGUGCACAAUGAACUUGCCUUUCAGCCUCCUAUUUCCAAUCAUCCAGCUCCUGAUUACUGGUGUUCCAUUGCCUAUUUUGAGAUGGACGUUCAAGUCGGGGAGACAUUCAAAGUGCCCUCUUCUUGCCCCAUUGUGACAGUGGACGGCUACGUUGACCCCUCAGGAGGAGACCGGUUCUGUUUGGGCCAACUCAGUAACGUACAUCGCACUGAGGCUAUCGAGAGAGCAAGGCUUCACAUCGGUAAAGGGGUCCAGCUGGAGUGUAAAGGUGAGGGAGACGUGUGGGUGCGAUGCCUCAGCGACCACGCAGUGUUUGUUCAGAGUUACUACUUGGACAGAGAGGCGGGUCGAGCCCCCGGAGACGCCGUUCACAAAAUCUACCCCAGUGCUUACAUCAAGGUGUUUGACCUUCGUCAGUGCCACAGGCAAAUGCAGCAGCAGGCAGCUACGGCUCAAGCAGCAGCAGCAGCACAAGCAGCAGCUGUGGCCGGAAACAUACCUGGACCUGGAUCAGUAGGAGGGAUAGCUCCAGCUAUUAGUCUGUCAGCAGCAGCCGGUAUUGGAGUAGACGACCUCCGGAGGCUGUGUAUUCUCAGGAUGAGUUUUGUUAAGGGCUGGGGGCCAGACUACCCCCGCCAGAGCAUCAAGGAGACCCCCUGCUGGAUCGAGAUCCACCUGCACAGAGCUCUACAGUUACUGGACGAGGUUCUGCACACAAUGCCUAUAGCAGACCCACAACCUCUGGACUGAGAUCUGUAUGACAUCAGCACCACGCUGCAGCAUACAGAGGCAAUGGAAAGUCUUCCUCAGUGAACUGCUUUGAGUGCAGAGGACAGUGAAACUCUUAACUGUCCCAUGUGAAAAAUACUUUCAGGUGUGUUUAAGGCACCUUUGUGCACUGUGGCCCCAACUUAUGAGACUAAAAUGAGCCAAAGCCAUCUAUCAAAGAUAAGUUUGUGUAUAUUUUUGGUCGAUGGCUUUGAUUUGUGAUGACUGGAAUGUGAGCAGUACAACUAGAAAAGAUGUCACAUACCCCUUUUCCACCAAACCGGUUCCAGUGCUAGUGCUGUGCUAGU